AUGACAAAAGCUGGGCCGGAGAUCAAUGGAGACUAUAAUAACCCUGCGUUCUCGGGUAUACAUGUUCUCAUUUCUCAGCAAGUAUUGUUGAUUGAGGCAUUUGGCAACAUGGACAACCGCGAUAUUGAUAAAUUCCUCCUGGCUGUUCAAGACGGUUCCUUCCAAGAGUUCAAUGUCUUGGACUACGACUUGCUCAGUGGAAUAUACCAGAAACUCCUCGUUCAACAGCCUUUUGAGUCACACAAGGCAUUACAUCUCCUGAGAUCCCUGCAACAACAAAAUCUGAUAGCGGAUGAAUUGAGGCACGGAAUUACGAAAUUUUUGCAGUGGUCGCGCGAGCUCCUAUUGAUACAUUGGGGGUUGUAUACUGAUUACGAACACGCUUUUCCCUCGCGUCACGACCUACAGUAUGCGCAACCACCCACAGACCUCGUUUCAUUUUGCAUAUGCGAAUGUUCGGAUUGUUUCAUGGAGCUCAUUCGUACCGGAGCCAUAUAUGCGAGUUACUACAACUGUGCAGGGCAGAGCCUUUUCUCCCUCGCAUUCCGUGCAAACAAAAUGGAUAUCGCCCGGGAGCUACUGCAUAUGAUGAGUCCUGAGCAGAUUCUUAAACCUGCCGAUAUUGUGCCUGGGUAUUGCCCAGAAACGAUCUUUCAAUUGGCGGCCAGUCACAAAGACCUUUUCAAUACUUGCUGGGGUAAGGUCGAGUCGGACCCAAGGCUUACACUGUCUGAUACUCUUGAUCAUUGUCGCCGUGCCUCUAUAUGUCAAUUUGCGACUGCCGAGUUGGCCAUCAGUAUGCUGGGUCGGGGGAUCAAUCUAGCAUCUACAGUCAAAGAGUACGCUUUGACAGCUUGGAAUGGGAUCGCCUUACAUCACCCCGAUCCGGAACCUCUAUUCAACUGGCUUUCGCGACAUGAAUGCCGGCCGCCACCAAGUCAGGAUGGGCUAGACACGCCCCUCAUAAUUACUGCUCGGCAUGAUCGAGUAAAGGAGACAAAUUGGCUGUUGUACCACAGCUGCGAUGAAAGAGAGCGGUGGAUCUGCGCUAUGGAGGCUGCCACCCGCCAGACAGACAAAAGUGUUUAUGUUCUUGAAAUUGUCAUGAAGCGCAUAUGUCUAUCGGUUCCAGCCCACCACUCAGAAAUGGGCUGGGUACUGAAAAUUGCCCAUAAUGUUGUCCAGGGAACUUGCAACCACGCCAGGGAGUGCAAACUCGAGGGGGUCGAUAUCGUCGAGCGUCGUGCUAUCCAGAAGGUUGGAUGUAUCAAUGCUUUUGUGGAAGAUUCCCUCCUUUUCCCCGACUCGUUGCUAUCUGACGCAAGAGAGGCGAAUCUGCCCAAUUUAGCGGACUUUUUACAGAUUCACAACAGCGAGACACGAAGAACGAUGGCGCUCGUUUGA